AUGGCAUCACCACCGGGUGGCAUUGUUCCAGCGCAGCUGGGCUUCCUUGCUAUCUUCAACCCGUCUUUAGGAAACACCGACGACACCCUUGAAGAUCAACUCGUUUACUACUCAUCGGUGAGCAUGCAGCGUCAGAAACGUCGCCACCGCUCUCGCAGCAAGCCUGCCGAGAACAUCUCGCAGGAAGAGCGCAAUGAGCGUCUUAGGCAGAUUGGCCUUGCACAGGGCAUGGUUGAAUUCAGCAAGAGUUUCUCUGCCGGCCAGUCUGUUGAUUCCAUAGACACCGAGAAGUCUCGUGUUGUUCUACAUGAAUUGGAGCCUGGUUGGUGGAUUCUUGCCUCUAUUGAUCUGACCCGCAUCCCUCUGCCGCCUAAGCUGCAGACUGGAAAGGCUCAAGAGUCGCCAGAAGAGGUUGUUGAGUACUCCUCCAAGGAGAUCAAGCCUGCAUCCCUUCUGAUGCAGGACUUGCUCCGGGCUCACUCCAUCUUCCUACUUCACCACGCUGCCUCACUCAGCUCCCUCUUCGUCCGGUGUCGCAGGGUUAAGUUUCUCAGUCUUCUCGGUAGGUACUGGGACCUCUUCUUGUCUACCUGGAACGUCAUGUUACAGGGCAAUCCGGCGCGUACGAUGUUCGGUGGCAUCAACAUCGCGGCUUCUGGCGAACUAGGUAUUGGAGUUGGUGAGGAAGAGCGUGGUAGCGGAGAGCGAGAAGUUUUAGAAGGCCUUGUUGGAAGAAUCGAGGGCCUUGUUGACCUUGUUGUGUCUAAGUUUGGCUCUGCGGAUGCCGAUGGUGAACACAAAGCUGGCAAGGAGCCCAAGAGGGCUUGGCUGGGUUCCGGACAAGAUCCUGGUUCUGAGGACGGCGCCAUUUUUUUGGGCACGGGUGCCUUGUCUCGAAAAUCGGUACAGGAUGUGGUGAACUGGAUGGAGGAUCUCUAUACCUGGGGUGAGAACGCUUACGGUGUCAUUGAUAGCCCAACAGCCACCAGGCGCUCUCGGAACACGAAGAAAACUACAUCCACAUCAGCGCCACGAUCUUCAGAAAUCACAAUACCUUUGCGGUCACCUGUUCGCCCAAAACUCACACAGUCAGGCUCCGGUUCUGGGUCUGGAGGAAGCUCAAGGUCUACGAUGACGCUUGCAGAGCGCCGUGGCCAGGAGAUAGGCACUGUCGAGGAAGCCAAGCGCCCCAACGUGGGCAAAAAUCAUGCUCCAGCAUCUGUACAGGAAGAGGGUGAUGGUCAUUUGGACAAAUUAAUGACUUACAUGAAGCUUGGCUACGGCACAUAUUGGUCCAUCGGGAAGUCGGACGCAUCUACCUUGGCUGAUACAGCCCAAUUGCCCACCCUUCCUUCUCAGAGCGGGGAGUCGUCAAAGAAUCCUGUGGACAAAGCACCGAAACCUAAACAGAUGGAUGAUGAUGUGGGACACUUUCUCAUCGGACUAAUGGGCGAUGUUGAGGAGAGCGGCGGUAGUGAGCACGGCGAGAGAACUGAGCCAGGCGAUAUUGAUUCUCUUGAGUCAAACUCUCGCACCAUGCUUCGCACCCUUCAUGUAGAACUCGAGAAGACAGGGAAGGACCGAGCGGAAGCAGAUAUCGUCAAAGAUCUUGGCACCUUGCCACACGGCGCGACACCUCUUGGAGUCAACGCCGUAAGCUCCAAUCCGCUGUUUGGAAACCAGGACUCUAACAAGAUGGGAAAACUACGUGUCGUCGUUUACCUCAGCAAGCCUUUCGUCUUCACGUUUUUGUUUGAGCUAAGGACCGAAUCAUUGGCUUGGGACUCUUUCUACAAAUCCCUUCACUACCAGCUCUUGCCUCUCCGCAAACCUCUGUUAUCUUCUAUUCAAUAUCGACCAGAACGACCUGACAUCGGCUCCCCAGCCGCUAGCAUCUACGACCUUGUAUGGGACGCAAAGGCCAUGACAGUGCAUUCGUCGAUACCCAACAUCCCCGACCACACUCAAGUGUCUCAUUCUAAGACGCAGCCGGCCUGGUCGCGCUUCGAAGCCAUGAACACACACAUGCAGCUGCUUAAUAUCUUCAACUUAACGCGGCCUGAAAUGACUGAGCUUGAGCGGACUUGUAAAACUAACCGCGGUUGGUGGGUUGUCUGGCAGCGGGUUUUGCAACGCCAGCCUGUAACACCCAACGGACAUUCCUCUGAAACCGAAGAGGAGGCUUACCAGGGCCGUUCCAAGAGUGAUGCCUCUUUGCAGACGAGCGGGUCUGGUUCGAGCGCGCAACUGACCAGGAAGCCAUCAGCGGCAACUAGUCCAACGGUUAGCAAGGAGAUCUUUCUUAUCCGCAGAGCUAGUGACCACGUUGGAUAUCGGGGUGUGAGCUCGUCGUAUGCUGAGGGCGGAGCAGGAUGGGGGGACGGCGCUGGGCGUUUGGCUUCAGGGAUCGGUAUUGAUACCCGUAAGUAUAUAGAGGGGCUGUUGAACUUUAGCCGAUGA